AGGUUAAAUUGCCCAAUCAGCUCGCGCUCCGGAGAAAAUAAUUUUGUGGGGUGUUUCCUAUAAUAUACUGUACUUCAAGUCUGUCUCGAAGAAAGAAGCAGAAAAGGAGGGGGAGAAGGUGGAUACAAGAUGGAUUUUUUGGUGCACGCUGUGGGUGUUUGGAAAGCCACUCUUGCAAGAUCUGUCCCUUUCGGAGCUCCAGCCUUCCCCUUUUCCUCUGUCCACAGGUUUGCUUGGUGCAAAUGCUGAAGAGGAGCUUGAAAAAGAGCCAGAGGGAGAAAAGAAAAGAAAAAAAGGGGGGGGUUCUUGUGUUUCUGCCUCCCCCUCCUCAGGAGUCAAAGGUAUCAGGAGGAAGGAAAAGGACUGAGAGCAGAGAAGAUUUUUCUCCUUCGGCAUCCUUCCUGAAUUUUCCAGAGCGGAGGAAAGCAAGACCAGAAAAGGGGGUGUUUUGGAUCUCCCAGAGAUGCGCUUGAAAAGAAAACGCAUCCCUCAAGGGCGGGAGGUUGAUUUUGGGGGUUAGGGGGGACAUGGGGAGGGAGAGGGGUGGGGAGAAGAGCCCCCUCUCUGCAGCCCCCUCCCCGGCCGCCCCUUGCCCCAGUCACCCCCGCCAAGAGCCAUGUUCCUGACCUGCGGCGGGGCUCCAGCCUGCACUACCAUGGCUUACCAUGGAGAUUUCCAAGCCGGUUACCAGGAGAUCGACGGCAUCCCCCUGGGCUACCUGCAGAUCCACGGCGCCAGGCUGUUCGCUCUGCCCCAGGUCUUCAGCGCCCUCUUCCACAGCAUCCCGCGGGCCGCCGUCAGCAAGAGGCUGGAGAGCCUGAAGAUCCGCCGCCGCCGCUGCGACCCGCGGGAGCUGCGCACCCUCAAGGCGCUGGGUUCGGUGCCCGUGCGCGCCGCCAAAUGCUCGCUCAUCUCCAAGGCCGACCUGGACGCCCUGCGCUCCUCGUGCCAGGCCUGGGCGCCCCGGAAGAGGCGCAAGAAGAAGAGCAAGCGGAAGGAGACCCGGGACCGCUUCGGCCGCCCCCGAUGGCUCCCCCCGCUCCCCAAGGCCGGCGCCCCGGGACAGGCGCUCUUGGGGGAGCCCUUCGCCCGAGCCUUCGCCAAAGCCGCGCAGCCCCCCAAGCGCCGAGGGCAGCUGCUGGUCUACCCCGACGGCCUGCCGCUGCUCCGCUCGGCCGGCCGGGAAGGGCGCUCGCCUUGCGGCUGCCUGGCCCCGGAGAAGAGGCAAGGCACUUCGGCCGGCUCCUCCAGCGACUCCGAGUCCAGCGGCGCGUCCAGCUCCAGCGGCGACUCCUCGGAAGAGGACGACGACGACGAGGACGACGACGACUCCUCGUCCAGCAGCGCAGACAGCAGCUCGUCCGGCUCGGAGAGCAGCUCCCUGUGCAGCGGCCACUCGGUGCAGAGCACCCGCUACAGGCAGGCCGCCCUUCCCCGCCUCCCGCCCGCCCCUUCGCCAACCCUGCGCCCGCCGGACCCCGACGUGCUCUUCUGGGCCCGCACGCUGCGCGCCUCCGCUUGGGAAAGUUUCCAGCCCGGGCCCAAGGAGCCCCGGCGCGACGAGCAGGAGCCUGGCCCCAAGCAGGAGCCCCCGAGCCCGACUAGGGACGCGCCGCAGCCGAAGCAGGCGCCGGAUCAGGUCUCCAACGCCCAGCCGGCCCAGGCCGAGGCGAUCCAGAAGGACUCCGAGCCAGGCCUGGGCCGGGAGGCGCAUUUCGACCGGCUCAUCCGGCAGUCCAAGCUGUGGUGCUACGCCAAAGGCUUCACCGCCGACGGGAAGGCCGGGCGCCGGGCCGGGCAAGCCAAAGGCGGCGGCUGCGCUGCCAAAACCGGCCUCCUCGACGGGUUGGAAAGGAGCGCCAAACGCAGGCGCACCGAGCGGGACAAGGGGAGGCCCGCCAAGGUCGCCAAGAAGGCGACCCCCAAGGCGGCCAGCCCGGCUUGCAAGCGCUUGCUGAGCCCCCCCACGACGCCCGCCGGGCACGCCUUCACCCUGAUGGGCACCUUCCCCUGCACGCCCGCCUUGGUGGUGGGCUCCGACGGGGACCUGUGCCCCGCGUCCUCGCUGUGCGUCAAAGACUCGCCGGGCGCCCUCGCCAAAACGCACCCGCUCUGGACCUGGCGCCUGGGGGCCAGCGCCGUCCCCGUGCCCCCCAGCCUGAAAUUCCGCGGGGGCCCCUGGGAGGACCUCUGAAGAGAGCCUUGGAGCGCAACACGUUGGGGGGGUGGUGGUGUGUGCAUUCCUCCCCCACCAAAAGAAGGUUGGGACUUCCAGAGAACGUGCAGCCAACUCGAGCAGCGGGUCACCUCGAGGGCGUCCGUG